AUGGAGAACGGCACGCUCUACGACCACCUGCACCAUAACCAGGGCUCCUCCGCACCAUCACCGGUGCGGGUGUGCUGGAAGACGCGCAUAGAGGUGCUCCUUUGUGUGUCGCGCGCCAUCAAGCACCUGCAUUGUCAUGCCGAUGCACCGAUCAUCCACCGUGACAUCAAGUCAAGUAACAUCCUUUUCGACUCCAGUUGGACUUGGGACCCCGGGUCAUUUUUGUCCUGGGUCCGCCCCUGCACCUGUCACGUGGCGAAUGUGAAGGACUCGGGGUUGGAGUGCCCUGUUAUGGGCACAUUUGGGUACGUCGACCCUGAGUACUGCCUAAGAGGCCGCGUGAAGCCGGCGAGCGACGUGUACAGCCUGGGUGUGCUGAUGCUCGAGGUUUUGACAGGGAAACGGGCAUUUCUCCAAGGGGGGUUGAAGAUAAAGGAAGAUCUAGCAUGUUUUGCAUCUCCCAUCAUCGAGGCUGGUAAUAUUAUGGAGUUGCUGGACAAGCGGCCUGUACCGGAGCCAACACCAUUGCAGUUGCAGGCGCUGAAGCGUGUGGCGCAAAUUGCACGAUGCUGUGUCAAAUGGGUUGGGAGGGCUCGGCCGGCCAUAUCGGACAUCGUUGCCAACCUCGAGAUGGUGCACAAGUUGAUCUGCAGAGACGAGCCAUGUUUAGUUGACGAGUCAGUCAUGUGGCCUUUUCUUGAAAAGGUCGACGAGUCGCCACAUGCCAAGGGUGUGCCAUCAGCAGGCUACCAGCCCAAUCUGGUACACCAGAAACUGAUUGAACUCUGUUCACAUUAA